AUGAUGAAGACGCUGAGCGGGAAGGAGGAAGACGAGGCGAACACCGGCGGGUUCCUGCCGCUGGACGAUCAUUCUGACGCAGAAGAAGACCCGUGUCGCAGGACCUACUGCGGACGAGGCCGGCAGUGUGUGCUGAUGGCAGAAACCGGCCGUGCGGAGUGCGUUUGCCAGGAAAAAUGCCGGCCCUCGUUUGUGCCCGUGUGUGGCUCGGACGGCAGGUUUUAUGAGAACCACUGCGAGGUUUACCGCACCGCCUGCCUGGAGAGGAGACGGAUCUACGUGGUACACAGCAAAGACUGCUUCUUCAAAGGCAGCACAUGCACCAUGUCAGAGUACAACAAGCUGAAGAGCACACUGUUGGAUAUGCAACCAAAAGUACUGAGGAUCGGAGAGCAGAGCCAGCAGAGGGAUAUGGAGCAAAAGAGGGCGCUGGUGGACACCAUGUUUAAAUACCUGGAUGUAAACGAGGAUGGCAGGCUGAUUAGUGAAGAAUUGGAAAAGAUCUCGAUGAAGGACCAGCUGGAGAGCAGUCUUUUGGAGUGCACCAUGCAGGACCUGCUUCGUUAUGACGACUACAACAAUGACGGACAUCUUAGCCUUCAUGAGUUUUAUACAGCUUUUCAAGUUGUCCAACUGAGCCUGGCGGAGGAUCAGCGAAUCAGCACCUCAACUGUCACAGUGGGCCUCAGUGCUGUCCUCACCUGCGCCAUCCAGGGGACGCUGCGUCCACCCAUCAUCUGGAAGAGGAAUGGCAUCAUCCUAAACUUCCUGGACCUGGAGGAUAUCAAUGACUUCGGGGAUGAUGGCUCGCUCUAUAUCACCAAGGUGACAACAAUACACAUGGGGAACUACAGCUGCCAUGCCUAUGGCUAUGAAGACCUCUAUCAGACUCAUGUGCUGCAGGUGAAUGUACCGCCAGUGAUCCUGGUCUACCCGGAGACGCAGGCCCAGGAGCCCGGGGUGUCUGCCAGCCUCCACUGCCAUGCCGACGGCAUCCCAAAUCCAAAACUUGUUUGGCUGAAGAACGGCAUGGAUCUGCAGCUCAGCUCUUCCACACAACUCUCUCUCAUAGCGAAUAGUAGCGAGCUCUUCAUUGCGAGUGUGCGUUACGAAGACACCGGCGCCUACACGUGCAUCGCCAAAAACGAGGUGGGAGUGGACGAGGACAUCUCAUCUCUCUUUGUUGAAGAUUCUGCCAAGAAAACUCUUGCAAACAUCCUUUGGAGAGAAGAAGGGUUGAGUGUGGGAAACAUGUUUUAUGUGUUUUCUGAUGAAGGCAUCACAGUCCUUCAGCCCAGUGAAUGUGAAAUACGGCGACAUAUGAAGCGGACGGAGAGGAUUGUCGCCACCUACGAGGAGAUGUGCCCUAAAGGUGAGGGGGUGUCACCCCAGCGCUGUGUGUGGUCUUCAGCAGUCAACGUCAGGGAUAAAUACAUCUACGUGACCCAGCCCCUUCAGAGCAGACUACUAGUUGUCGAUAUUCAGGCCCAAAAAGUGGUUCAGGUGGGUGACGCAGCUACCAACUGCAUCUGGAAAAACAGAUCAUAA